AUGCUGCUGACGCAGCCCCUGCGGUCCUGCUGGAGGUGCAGACCUCGUCCGGCCCUCCGCUCGCGUGCUCUCCGCGCAGCGCCUCCUGUCAAGCUUCUUUCAUCUCGUCGAACACCCUCGUCGCACCUCGGCACCUUCACCUCUUCCACUCCUUUACAUACCAGUGCAUCCCCCCCCGUCGUCGCUCGGUCGUCCCAUGUUCCGCCCCGUCCAUCCCGUCGCGCUCUCUUAAUCACAUUCCCGAUGACGCAAACUCGCGCCCACGGUGGCCAUGGCCAUUCCCAUCAUCACCACCACCACGACAAUGUCUACCUCACCUCUACCAACAAACAUGAUGCGGGCGUGCGCAUCACACGGAUCGGUCUUGUCGCGAAUCUGGGCAUGGCCAUUGGCAAAUUCAUCGGCGGAUAUGUCUUCAAUUCACAAGCUCUGAUUGCCGACGCCUAUCACGCGCUGGCGGACUUGGUCUCGGACUUUUUGACACUGGGUACGGUGGCCCUGUCGCUGAAACCCCCCAGCGAGCGGUUCCCCAACGGAUACGGCAAGGUGGAGAGUAUUGGUGCGCUGGGCGUCAGCAGUCUACUUCUCUGCGGUGGUGUCUUGAUGGGGUUGAACGCAAGCCAGGUCCUGCUUGCGCAGUUUUAUCCAGAUUUGGCGGAGAUGCUCGCUCACACGGGCCUGUUGGGUCAUGGUCAUUCCCACAGUCACGGACUGGACGUGCACGGUCCGAGUAUCCAUGCUGCCUGGCUGGCGGCGGGCUCGAUUGUGAUCAAGGAAUGGUUAUAUCAUGCCACAAUGAAAAUCGCCAAGGAACGGAAAUCAUCCGUCCUCGCUUCCAACGCAGUCCACCACCGCGUGGAUUCCCUCACCAGCAUCGUUGCGCUCUUCACCAUCGGCGGAAGCUACGUCUUCCAAGAUGCCACCUGGCUGGACCCGGUGGGUGGUCUUUUGAUCUCCUUGAUGGUCAUCAAGGCCGGGUGGGCCAACACCGCCACCUCGCUACUGGAAUUGGCCGACACGACCGUGGACCCGGACAUCAAACAGUCCGUCCACAAGGCUGCCGUCAAGGCCCUGAAGGAGCUUCAGAACGGCGACCAGGUGGUCGUCCGUGACGUGCAGGGCAUGAAAUCGGGUCAGAACUAUCUCAUGGACAUUGAGCUCGCCGUGCCCGGUGCAUGGCCUCUGACACAGUCGCGCUCUGUGGAGGAAGUCGUGCGUCAGACCGUGGGCGAGAAAGUGCGCGGUGUUAAGCGGGUCAAGAUUCGUUUCGUCCCCGUGGAACAACCAGAACUUACCUUUUCCGAGGAGUUUGUGGCCCAGGACACUGCGGUGAUCCAGGAGCCCGAGGAGGAUGGUCACGAGCCCAAUCACGAGCACGACCAUGAUCCUCAUCACAGCCACGUGGACUCGCAGUCCCGGAAGAAACAAUAA